GUUGGAAAGCAGCGCUCCUCAACCAUCCGCUACUACUGACCAGGUGGAUAUAUCUCACAUCAGCCCGAGACCACAACACCAGACUUCCUUAAGACAUCUUUGUUUUGUUUUUUUGUAUUUGCGACUUUUCCUGUCGGUUUGGUUACAACCCAGCGGGUGAAACUCCGACAGAAGGAGACCGAGAGCAGGUGUCAGAGUGUCAGACAGCAGAAAACAUGGGAAGAAAGAAAAUACAAAUUUCUCGUAUUCUGGACCAGCGGAACAGACAGGUGACUUUCACUAAGCGUAAGUUUGGUUUGAUGAAGAAGGCGUACGAGCUGAGCGUGCUGUGUGACUGUGAGAUCGCCCUCAUCAUCUUCAACAGCACCAACCGUCUGUUCCAGUACGCCAGCACAGACAUGGACAAAGUGUUGCUAAAGUACACAGAGUACAGCGAGCCACACGAGAGUCGCACCAACACGGACAUACUGGAGACUCUGCGUAGGAAAGGCCUCAAUCUCGACGGCUCUGAGCUGGACAGUGAGGAGAGCAUGCAGGUGGCCGCGGACAAAUAUCCUCACAGCGAGGGCAUGGAUCUCUCUGUAGCUCGCCAACGCUUCUAUGCUCCGUCGCUCCACUCACCGGACGCCCAGUUCCUGGUGUCUGCAGGCUGUGAGAACGGCUUCCCCAACUCCGCCGGAUCCAACGUGGCGUCCCACAGACCUCCAGGUUUUAAACCUCUGAGCUCCAGACCUGGCUCUUCCAGCCCUGCUGCACAACACGCACACACUGCGUUCAUGUCUCCACACUCAGGUAUCGGCUACUCCGUGUUCUCCCACGGCAACCUGAAUCGAGCUCUGGAGAUGAAAAGCCCUCCUCCCCUGAACCUGGGCAGCGAGAACCUGCGAGGAGAGGCUGCUCACCAGGCCAUGGGGGCCACACGUGCUAACCACAACUCUGCUCGGGGGGUCUUGUACCAGGGCCUGCACGGCAGCAGCUCCAUGGUAGCCAUGGGCAAGGCCGGGCUGCUGGGUCCCAGUUUGGGAGGAUACGGUCUCCCCUCUCCUGGAGCCUCUGAGUACAGCCCACCUGGUUUUUAUCACUCUGUGAGUCUACAACGAGGGACAAUGCACCCCUGGCAGCCAGCACAUCUGCCCCAGGAGCCCCAUGGGCCUCAUAUAAACCCAGGGAUGUCCAGUGGGGGGUGCUCCUUCCCCUCUCAGUCUUGCUCCUCAGCUUCUCCACAUGUGCCCUCCCUCAACCUCAGCAUCAAAUUGGAGCGGAACUCUCCUGAGCACAUGCCCUCGCCCACUUCCCCUGCUCUGCACCACCUGCGGCAGCACUCUCCAAUGAGCCACCCAGAUUCGGCCCGCCGGACUCCUCCAGAAGCCCGUCCAGCCAAACCCGGCUACCCGCAAGACGAAGAGGACGGAGGGCCGCCGCUCAGGCAGUUAGAGAUAAGUGAUGGGUGGCAGAGAUAGCCGGCUGCUGCAGUCUAACACACACCCUCUCCCAUUCAAUCAGCUAUCUAGCUUUCAUCAAAACCGGUCCUCUCUGUCUCCCACACACAUACACACACACACACACACACACACACACACAUACACACACACACACACACACACACGGAAGAUAGUAAGAUGGGGUCAAUUUGUCCCCAUCAUUUCAGAGAGGAAUGCCUGUCUUUGUCGCCUCACACGGAGCUGGUCUCUCCUGGGCGAUGGAGAAUGAUCUCUGCAUCACUUGAUCGAUCCCUCGAGGAGACGGAUGCAUACAUACAGACAUUUGAUUUUUGUUUGGUUAUGGUUAAGGUUUUUGUGUGGAGCUAAUGUGAAUCAAAAAUACAAAUUUACAAUUUUUUGGUGACUUUGUUGACGUUAGCGACGGCAGCACAUCGGGACCAGCUGAAUUUCUCCGAAGCUGUAAAACCGUCCAAGUACAUAUUUGAGUCUUCUGUGUUUCACUGAGGUUUGGUGUGAAAAUAUGUUUGGGAAAUAGCUAUAAAAUGAUACUCGCUGUCUUGAUAAAAAAUGUUACAGUGAAAAGCAGAUGGAAAAUGACUGAUCACACCAGCCAGAAGAAACCUCUUAGCCUCUGUGUACAGUGAACCUUUACACCUUCUGUCCCUCCUGUUAUAUAGGCUUUAAUGUUUUGGCCUUUAGCCCAAAAUCACUGACACGGUCUACCCACAUAAAACCAGUCACUGUCGCUUUGGCCUUUUUUUUUUUUAAAUACACUGAGAUAUUUUAAAGGAUGAAUUCACAUUUCUUUCGAGUCUGUGUUAAAACAAUUCUUACAUGGCCAUAAUCCACACUGAAAAAGUUUACUGAAAUUGCUCUUACUGUCUAUACCGGCAGGGAAAAGAUACUUCCAUAAUGAUGUUCUAAUAUAGGAAAUGGGGGGGGGGGAAUCUAGACUCUUUAUUCUUUAAAUCGCAUUGAAGGAGGGUUUAGCUACUCCACAUAGCAUUCGGGGAUGGGAGGAAGGCGUGCUCUGGGUUAUGGGGAUUUCUUUGAACCAAUCAGAAUCAUCAUGGGUGACACUCCACAUAGAGCCGCUGCAAAAUAGUUGAGAAGCGAGAGAAAACUCCAAUUGGACAGAUAGUCCAGCUAGCUGGGUCAAUUUACCAUGCAGCACUCUGAGAAGCGGUCAAUAAUAGUCCUCGUUAAUUCAAGGACAUUUAAAAUUCCAUCACAAAGACCGUGGAAGGAAAUGGAAAAUCCAUGCAUCCGGGGGAAUUUCCUCCUGCACAGGAGCAAUCCCCGAAGUAGAACAUUAAGGAUGUGGACUAAAAAUCCGGCUAAUAUUAGGCUCCAGUAGUCUGAAUAAGAAAAAACAAGUUAUUUUUACAAAAUUCCUUCUUUGUGUUUGUUGUGUUUCAUUGCAUUGGUGGAGGGACAGUCAAGUCCAAUUUAUUUGUAGAGCACAGUGUCAUACAGAAGUUAAGUUCUAGACUAACACAGACAGGGAGUGUUGUACUAAAAUACUGUAACUUUGCAAGAUGUCCACUUGAUUUGUCUCAGAGUGCUGAAGCCCCACAAAAGCUCCAGAUUCAGUUAAGAAUGCAUAUUUCACCAGCAGGGGGACUGUGAAUGAUGUCCCUCGCCUCUUACUGUACAUUAAAACCACAUUAGGGAUCUCUGUUUAAAUGCACAUAUGGACUUGUGGGUAUUGUUUUAAGACAGACUUAAAAAUAAAAUAGAAACCGAUCCUUUACAGUUCUGGGCGUCAAUGCCUCUCAGGGACUUGGAUGAUGUUUUCUUUGAGAAGUUUAAAAAUGGCUUAUUUCUACGUUUGUUUGUAAGACUGUAGCUGUGGAUACGCUAAGCUUAAGUUGUAUUAUUCCUCCAAAAAUUGCUGGUUUCAUAUUUUUACUUUACCCCAUCAACACAGUUAUGGCAUUCUACUUGAACUAAAGACCAAAAGUGCAUAAAUAUUGCCCCUAUGCAUUGCAAUCAAAAGCUGCAACAGCCAAAGACAUUAUAUGUUUGUCUAUAUUGGGUCUAAUUUGAUUUAAGUAAUAUAAAAAUGGUUUCUUUUUAAUGAAGGGCUUAAAGUAGUAACUGCAUAUUGCAGAAAUGAUUGAGCCUUAAUGCCAUCGUUGUCUUAUAACGUUUAGAAAUAUAUGAAACAUUGUGUAAUGAAUGAGUCUAAAUAUUCAUAAGAUAGUCUAUUUAAUAAAACAAAGACACAAAUUAAUUUAUUAUUGAGGAAUGUUUGUUUGGUUUUCAUUAUAUCUGUAAACGUACCUUGCACUGUAUUUUUGUGCACUGGAUUUAUGUGUGUUUUCAUUUUGCAUAUUCAAUUUUUGUUUGUUGUGUGCAAAUGAUAAUAUACUCGGAAUUUGGGUUAGGGUGAAUGUCCCCUUGCUGUCCACAAGGGGACAUCUUAUGUCACAAAAUUUGGAUUUGAAGGAGAGAGUGCAACGCAGGGAAGCCCAGGCGGAACUGAUUAAUCACCGAUCAUCACCGAUUGGGGAUUAGUAAUCUGAUGGAUUUCUUUGACAAUACAAAGGUUCAGUUGUUCGCCCUGAAGACAUGCAACAAAUGCGUGCGUGGCAAGCCCUGUAGAGUCUCUUGGUGCAGGUCUUCAAGUCAGUUGCUGCUGUGGAAUUAGCUCUUUUCAUUUUUUAUGCCGUCAUGUGGAUUACUGUAAUAUCAGCAUGAAGAACCAAAUGAUCAGUAUUCUGAUGUUUUUGGGUUGAGUUUUUACAUGUUCGCUGCAUGCUUUACUAACAGAACAAAGACGGAUUUGUUGUGAUUCCUUUUAAAUAAAAACGGUUUGAUAUG